AGCUCUGUUUCUGCUUCCCUUUUCUCUGCUCAAAUCUCUCUCCACGUGAAUUAUUUUCCUACUGUUACUCUCUCUCUCUGGCUUAUAUAUAUAUAAGCCACAGAGAGAGAGAGAGAUAUAUAUAUAUAUAUAUAUAUAUAUAUUUCACUUCUUUGCUUUGCUUUGUUUUGUUUUGUUUUUGUUUACGUUUCUGUUUUGCAUUUUUUUUUUUUUUUAGCUUUAAAAAACAUGCAUGCAGUUUACGUUCCCAAACCUGAGAGAGAUUAGGAAGGGUUUGUUGCAGAGAGAAAGGAUAAGUUUUGCAGAGAGGGUGGAUACUUGAAGGGUUAGUUUUAGGGGAUGAGAGGUUUAAUUUCUUUUCAGGAGUCCCCGGAUCUCGCGAAAUACCAGCAGGAUUCAUGGACUGUAAAUCUGUGGAGAUUUUCUCAGGAAAACUGCAAGGCUUGACUUUCCACUCAUGAAACACGUUCCAACAAAUAAAAAAAUCGGAACUUUAUACAAUUGUUUCUUCCCCUUUCUCUCCACAUUCGGACUUUCCGAACAUUCUUCUUACAGUCGGUGAUGAACACAACACGAAAAAUACGUUCUGGAAUUUGAGAGUUUCCCUGCUUCUUGUCGAACUAAAGAGGUAACCGUAGCAAGAGAUGGAAAUUGACUCUGCAAAGGAGAAAGAGCAACAGAAACAGUCCUGUUGGUUAUCAGUGACCCCUGCAAAGCAAAUUCCAGCAAAACGACGGCGAACACCUGUAGAAAAACAGAGAAAACCCCAUCUUAGUCGAGAGAUGGAAUUUGACAAUGGAGAGGACAAGGAACUGCAGAAACAGGGGUCCUGGGUACCAGUGAGCCCUGCAAAGCCAGCUCCAAUGGCAAGGCAGCAAGCCUCUGUUGGGAAACAGAGAAGACACCAUCUGGGUCUAAGUAUUCCGGCUGGGAAUUCACAAGAAAAUGCUCCUAGCGUGAUGCCUGUAAGUUUUUAUUCCUUGCCAUCCACAGUUGAAAACAGAGAUUCAUGCAAUUGGGAUGCAGCAUUGGCCAAAGGGGGUAAGAAGCGGAGUUCUAAUGGAGAAACUGUACGUCGUAAGUUUUUGAGUUCAUUAAAUUCAAACUCUCAUGUUUGUCCUUGUAAAGGGUUUUCCUUUUCUAAUUUCAACGUAGGAGAGUCGAGGGAAGGCUGUCUUAAGGCAGCACUGGACAGGAAACAAGAAACACUGAGCCCUAAUGGAGCAUUUACAUGUUCUGGUUUCAACUGUUGUAGAGAUUUAGGCCAUGAUACUCCUAUUCUACAGCAAGGAUUGGAGGAAACAGAGGAUACGGAGACUUGCAAGUGUGAGGAUUUACCAGAUUCUAGAAAUUCAGAUGCAAGUCUUCAAAAUUGGGCUGCUGCAGAACUGGGCGACUUGGAUAAUAUUCCUUUUAUGACCCUGUUGGGUUUACAACAUGCAGCUACACCUCCCGAUGUGGCAUUCACAAGUACACCAGCAAAGGGUACAGAUGAUGGGAAGAAUCUAAAUCCCUUGCAUUCUCAAAAGGGCAGCAGCCAGCACCAGUCUAAACAUACACAGCACAAUGUCUUGCCUGCCCAGGAAAAUAAUACCAACUGCCCGUACAGCCAGAUACCAAAUUGUAUAUGAAAGAUCAAAUCAAGCAGAAGAUAAGCAGAAGGGUCUGAAUCCUUCUAGGAAUCGAGAGCUGAUUGAUUCAACCACACCAGAGAAGCAUAAUGCCAGGAAGAAACAUUACACUGGCAAAGACAUGAACGAGAAACAACAGCAGAGAACAAGAAACAACAGCAGAGAACAACAAGGAAAACACAUAGGCCCAAAGUUAUUGUUGACAAGAAACCCAAAAAGAUGCCAAAACCUCAAACUCCAAAGCAUGCUUCUUCCAUGAAAAUUCCUUCGGCAAAGAGAAAGUAUGUGAGGAAGAAUAGCCUCAAAGCCUCAGCCACUCCCUCAGAGGAUCUCACAAGGGAAGCCAUUAAUCCUACCCACAAACCUCCUGAAAAAACACGCAAACGGGCUUUGAAUUUCAACCUGGAAAACUGCUCAAGAGAUGAGAGCACAGUCGCAGAGGAUGACCAUCGAUGUGGAUUUCAACACGGAAGAACUGACAUAUCUUCAAGCAAAUUUGGUUUCAACUUGAAUUUGGAAGCUCAGGACAGUCACUUGACCACUGAAACUACCAAAUCAGGAAGAAACUCAAACAGGCAAUCUGACAAAGCAGAGGAAUUGAUGAUGGAAAACACAGCAGGCAAGGCUCAUGCUUUCAUCCACUCCAAGAAUGGAAUUUUGACUGAAUAUGUUUCACUUCCAGGGACAGAAUUCACCAGUACUGCACCACCUAAAAUGAACCCACCAAGGGAGAACUUGGAUGGCCUAUCUGGGAAGAAUAACUCAAAUCCAGUUAGAUCCAAUCAACACGGGUCACAAUGGUUGUCCUGCAACACCUCCACAUCAGAACAAGAAUACAGAAAACUUAGCAUACACAGCAGAAAACAUUUGCCACAAACCUAUGAGGGCUGUAGCAUUGAUGUUGCAGAAUGACCCUAACUUGGCUAGAAAUAAAAAUAAUUCCAAAUGCACCAAACGAGGACAGUUUUUGGGUGCCAAACAUGUAGCAGAGAGAUCACUGGAAGACUGCUGUCGUACCAGCAGUCAGAAUAGUGCCAUGAAUCAAACAGGCUGUCAAUA